CCUUCCAUUCGACUCCAACUCCCGAGGUUGCCGUUGUUCCCCUUUCCCGUCCCGGAUGCCCCACAUGUGCCACAAUAUUCUCCAGAAUCAUGCCAUCAUGGGGGGCCAGAUUUCCCACAAUCAGCAGUAAGUAUCCAUCCCCGACUUUUCUUUAAUCACGCCCCCGCUGCAUCUCCCUCCUCCUCCUCUGCCUGCAAUUCCCCCCCACUGGUGGAGCAACCCAAUUUCUCCCCAAGUCGAAGUAGCAAUUCCCCCCCUUCCUGCGCUGUUGCCGUUGCGUGCUCUAGAUUGCCUGCUGCUGGGAGUUGUUUGCUGAUUCCGAUUCCUGGAUACCAUGACCAUGAACGUCGACGAGGAGAUUGGUCGCCUCAAGACCGAGAUCGUUCGACUCGGCACGAAGAAUGCCGACGGAUCCAUCACGGUCAAGUUCGGCACAUUAUUCAACGAUGAGAGAUGUGCAAACAUCUUCGAGGCUCUCGUUGGCACGUUGCGGGCUGCCAAGAAGAGGAAGAUCGUGACCUUCAACUCCGAGAUGCUUUUCCAAGGAGUACACAACAAUGUGGACAUUGUCCUUGUCAAGCUCGAGGAGGAAACCUCUGUGGCACCCAAACUCGACGAUGCUGUGAUCCCGAAAAAUGAGACCAGUUCAGCACCGAAAGAUGAUAAUGUGGUGGUCAAAGCUGACGAUGUGAUUCCGAAGGACGACGCUACUACAUUGUAGUGUGUUGAACUCUUACCCUCGUCCAACACUUGCAACAAUGUUGAUUCGAAGUUCUUUGACCCCCUCAAAUCAUUUCUCCUGAUUGCGCCUCACCUUCAUUGUUGUGCUUCUACUAGUCACACACUUAGACUCCUUUGUGGUCAAUAAUUGCCCACAUAGGUCUCCGUCGCGUACCCUUUCAAGUGGAAAGAGGAUGUGCUUGCCACUUACGGCUACCAACAAUGAGGAAAGAGAUUUUGAGGGGUCCCUGCCUAGUGACUAGGUCUACGCCCUCUUUCGCUUGUGCCAUGUUGCAUUGCUCAAUCUUGAAAUUCUCAAAUUUUCCAACUU